AUGACGGCCAGCCUCGGACCCCGCUGCCGUCCCUGCUCGCCGGCGGCCGGUCCACUGGAGGACGAAGACCUGCUCUGCGAGAUCCUACUCCGCCUCCCUCCGCAGCCCUCUUCCCUCCCGCGCGCCUCCGCCGUCUGCAAGCGCUGGCGCCGCCUCGUCUCCGACCCCGACUUCUCCCGCCGCUUCUGCCACCACCACCGCCGAAACCCUCCGGUCCUUGGCUUGUUCAUCCGAGGCGGCGACGGCAUCCCCUUCGAACCUACUCUCGAUGCCCCCAAUCGUGUCCCGCCUGGGCGCUUCUCCUUGCCGCGCCGCGACGGCGCCAUUUUCAUCUCCCUUGGAUGCCGCCAUGGCCUCGUACUCAUCUUAAACAUACGGCCGAUCCAGGUCCUAGUGUGGGAUCCCAUCAAUGGCAAACAGCACCGCCUUGACAUACCCACAUGGUUUCUGACGCAUGGGACCAAGUCCAUGAAUGGAGCAGUGCUUCGUGAUGCCCGAGAUAUCCAACAAUUUCAUGUGGUCUUGACAGUGGUAGACAACGUCGACGAACAAAACAGACGGGCGCUCGCCUGUGUUUACUCGUCCGAGACCGGCAUAUGGGGUGAUCUUAUAUCAGCACCGGUCCCAUCCAAGGUUCCCACCUCGCUUCUUAUAAGUGAUGAUGCCACCAUGGUUUGUACCAUAAGGCCCGGUGUGCUUCUUGGGGAUUCACUUUACUGGAUUCUUAGUGGGAAUUUUGCUGGAAUUCUCAACUUUGAUUUGAAGAAGCAAAGCCUAGCUGUGAUACAGGUGCCACGACAUAUACUUCAAAAUGGGUUUUACAACUCCUGGAUUGUGCGGGCAGAGGGUGGUGGCCUCGGUUUACUCUGGAAAAUCGACCAUAGUUUCCAAUUGUGGAAGAGAAAGACUGAUUGUGAUGCUGUUGUUUCAUGGGUUCUUGAAAGAACUAUUGAACUCAAUAAUCUACUUCCCCUCUGUGCAAUAUGGAGCCAAAUAAUUCUAGGGUUCGCCGAGGAGAAUAAUGCGGUGUUCGUGUGGACAGACGGCCUCCUCUUUAUGGUUCAUCUUGAUUCAUUGCAGUUCAAGGAACUUUGCGAGCCCAGAACCAUUUCUUACUAUCAUCCAUUCGAAAGUGUCUACACUCCAGGUAAUAGCAUGCCUUCACAUAUACACUAA